AUGAGCGACGAAUUUAGUCAAUGUUGCUCGCGUUUUAAGGAUGCAAUCAAAUUCACUCAACCGGAAUUAAGAUAUGAGGCGAGGGAAAAAGAGAAAAGAGUGCUUUUUACUUUGGAAAUUCCUUAUCCUCUUUUUAGAGAAUGGCAUAAAACUGUUCAAGAACGAAACGUUCUGCCGCGUGACACUUCCGGUCAAGAUUUGUCAAGCGGAUGUGAAGAGAUAGAGGCAAAUUCUCCUUCUACAAGCGCAGCAGAAAACUCACCCACGGCAAAAAGGUUCAGCUACAUAGAUUUGGUGGAAAAGUGCACAUUCGGGCAAUGCUUUGCCUUUAGCGAUGAUGAAAAUAUACGAGAUGGAAUCGAUGAAGCUUUGUUAAAUAUUGCUUAUAAAAUUUCAUUAGAUUACAAAAAAACUAAGGGCAGGGCAAGAAAAGAGUUGGAUAAUCGAGUCCGAAAGUUUCAUGUUAUGGAGGGUCAAACAAAACCUGUACAUGAACUCUAUCAAGAAAUUGAAAACAUACAAAAUGAGCUACAAGAUUGGAAAAAGGCCUAUGAAGAUUUAGAGUUGGAGAAGGAAAGAAUCUAUGAGGAAAUGGUGCUGGCAGUGAACCAAAAGGAAAAUGAAACCCAAGUUUUGCAGAAAACAAACAAAGAGCUUGAAGAUUAUAUUGCAUCAUUGGAAAAUUCUGUGGGAGUUAGUUCAUACCAGGGAAAACCUCUUUCAACUGUGAAAAAUAAGUUCAGGACCUUGAAAACUUUUAUUUCACGAGCCGAAGCUGCUCUCUGGUUCUGCUCUUCCUUUGGUGUUGAACUAGUUGGGUUAACUGUCAAAGAAUCAGACAGUGAUGUGGUUCACAACAUAACAAGUAAACCCAACUGUCAAGAUUUACCCACUCAAGCAGGAGAAAGAAAGUAUAGUACCUUGUCCACACAUGAAAAAGAGAAUGUUGAAAAAAUCCUUUUCUUACUGGACAAAUUUUGUGUGGGGGAUUCAUUUUACCACGAAAUUUCCAUGAUCACGGAUAGUCUACCAAGGUCCUACUUGGUCAAACAAUGCCGUGAUCAACUGAACAAAAUGUGCAAAAUUGAACCACUGAAUGCUAAGUUUGAAGGGGCCAAAGUAACUUCCGCUGAAACAGUGUUUAAAAUACAUAUCUCUGAUUUCCUGAAGCAAAACAGUGACUUUGAUCCCAUCACUGAUAAAAUCAAAAUCAAUGGUGAUGGUGCCAGAAUGACAAGAAAUUCAAAUUUUAUUUUACUUUCAUUUUCCAUUCUGCAAACAGAGGAGUCCGUAAUGUCUGCAAAAGGAAACAGAACUCUUGGCAUAGUCAAUGGAACCGAGAGUUACCACACAAUAAAAGACUCAUUCCAGAGUUUAUUCAAUGAGGUAAAUGACUUGACUGCCAAAGGUAAAAUGAAUGUGGAUGGCCAAGAGAUUCAAACUGAAUUAUAUCUUGGUGGUGAUUAUAAAUUUAUUUUACUGAUGCUUGGACUGAAGGGGGCAACAUCUAAUUAUGCUUGUGCCUGGUAA